GUACAGGAUAAACGGCUUCCCACGUCAUGUCCCAGAAAUCGAUUAGUCGAUGGGAUUUGGGUGAUUGCUUUCUUCUGUUUUUCCUGAAUUUUUCUCUUUCUUUUUUAUUUCUUUCCCUUUCUUCUUUCUCUCUUUCUUUUUUACAAUGAUGGUGUGUUUGUAAUCGACAUUUUAAAAAUUCUAUAACAAUUAAAUUUGGGGGCGGCCUUCCCUUGUUUCCCGUAUGGAGUGUUGAUGUUUCAGCAGCUUUAUUUGGAGUUUACAAGUGGAAGCACCUGGGUUUGGGGCUUCCUUUGUGUCCCCAAGACACCUAUUGCAGGAGUGAGUCCUAAGCAGUAGAAAACAGAUGCAUGUGCAGGGCUGGAUGAAGCACUAUGGAGCCUGUGUGAGAGGAGGCACGGGCGCUAACACAGGAGCGCACUUCCUCAUUCCGCUUCUUCUCAUCCUCUCUCGCAGUGCCAUUGGCAUCACUCAUCCCAUCCGGUCAUCCCAAGUCACACGCAAGAGUUCGUUCCCGGCGCGCGCGUCAGCUUGACUCGCGCGUCUCCACGUCGGGGACCCGCAGUGGAACGCCCCCGCCCCGUCCGGUCGCUUGUUGUGUUGUCAUCACGUGGCCUGGGCGGACCCUGACGUCAGUGGCAGGGGAGGGACAGCGCAGGCGCAGAAAAGGGGGCGGGGGACUCGGCUUGUUGUGUUGCUGCCUGAGAGCCUGAGACGGUCCUGCUGCUGCCGGAGCCCUGCCAGCUGUCCGACGAUGUCGUCCCACCUAGUCGAGCCGCCGCCGCCCCUGCACAACAACAACAACAACUGCGAGGAAAGUGGCCAGUCUCUGCCGCAGCCGGCCGGCCUCAACAGUUCCUGGGUGGAGCUCCCCAUGAGCAGCAGCAAUGGCAAUGAUAAUGGCAAUGGGAAAAACGGGGGGCUGGAACACGUACCGUCCUCAUCCUCCAUCCACAAUGGAGACAUGGAGAAGAUUCUAUUGGAUGCACAACAUGAAUCAGGACAGAGUAGUUCAAGAGGCAGUUCUCACUGUGACAGCCCUUCGCCACAAGAAGAUGGGCAGAUCAUGUUUGAUGUGGAAAUGCACACAAGCAGGGACCAUAGCUCUCAGUCAGAAGAAGAAGUUGUAGAAGGAGAGAAGGAAGUUGAGGCUUUGAAGAAAAGUGCGGACUGGGUGUCAGACUGGUCCAGUAGACCCGAAAACAUUCCACCCAAGGAGUUCCACUUCAGACACCCUAAACGUUCUGUGUCUUUAAGCAUGAGGAAAAGUGGAGCCAUGAAGAAAGGGGGUAUUUUCUCCGCAGAAUUUCUGAAGGUCUUCAUUCCAUCUCUCUUCCUUUCUCAUGUUUUGGCUUUGGGACUAGGCAUCUAUAUUGGAAAGCGACUGAGCACACCCUCUGCCAGCACCUACUGAGGGAAAGGAAAAGCCCCUGGAAAUGCGUGUGACCUGUGAAGUGGUGUAUUGUCACAGUAGCUUAUUUGAACUUGAGACCAUUGUAAGCAUGACCCAACCUACCACCCUGUUUUUACAUAUCCAAUUCCAGUAACUCUCAAAUCCAGUAUUUUAUUCAAACUCUGUUGAGGCAUUUUACUAACCUUAUACCCUUUUUGGCCUGUAAGACAUUUUAGAAUUUCCUAACAGAGUUUACUGUUGUUUAGAAAUUUGCAAGGGCUUCUUUUCCGCAAAUGCCACCAGCAGAUUAUAAUUUUGUCAACAAGGCUAUUAUCUCUAAUUAGUACCACCAGAGUAGACCUGUAUCAUUCAUGGUAUAAAUUUUACUCUUGCAACAUAACUACCAUCUCUCUCUUAAAACGAGAUCAGGUUAGCAAAUGAUGUAAAAGAAGCUUAUUGUCUAGUUGUUUUUUUCCCCAAGACAAAGGCAAGCUUUCCUAAGUUUGAGUUGAUAGUUAUUAAAAAGAAAAAAAAAAAAAAAGCAAGACAUAAGAAAAAAAUAUCCUGGGCAAUAAAAAAAUUAUUUUAAACCAGCUUUGGAGCCACUUUUUUGUCUAAGCCUCCUAAUAGCGCCUUUUAAUUUAUAGGAGGCAAGCUGUAUAAUGAUAGGUAUGAAAUAGGAUAAGAACUGAAAUACAUCAGCAGAUUUUCAUACUAGUCUGUUGUAAUGCUGUCUUUUCUAUGGUGUAGAAUCUUUCUUUCUGAUAAGGAACGUCUCAGGCCUAGAAAUAUAUGAAAUUGCUUUUCGAGAUUUUUGUGUGUGUGUUUGAUAUUUUUUAUGUUAAUUAGCUGCAUGUGAAUUUUUCAUGACUUUAAAUUUUUUAUUUUUUAUUCCUUUUUUUUUUUCUCUAAGAAGAGGCUUUGGAAUGAAUUCCAAUUUGUGAUGUUAAUACAGGCUUCUUGUUUUAGGAAGCAUCACCUAUACUCUGAAGCCUUUAAACUCUGAAGAGAAUUGUUUCAGAGUUAUUCCAAGCAGUUGUGCAUCUUGGAAAAACAGACUUGGGUUGUGGGAACAGUUGACAGCGUUCUGAAAAGAUGCCAUUUGUUUCCUUCUGAUCUCUCACUGAUUAAUGUUUACUGUACAGUCUUCCCAAGGUGAUUCCUGCGACUGCAGGCACUGGUCAUUUUCUCAUGUAGCCGUCUUUUCAGUUAUGGUAAAACUCUUGAAGUUCAGAACACUCAACAGAUUCCUUCAAUGAUAUACUUGUUCGUUCAUUUCUAAAAUGUGAAGCUUUAGGACCAAAUUGUUAGAAAGCAUCAGGAUGACCAGUUAUCUCUAGUAGAUUUUCUUGGAUUUCAGAACAUCUAGUAUGACUCUGAAGGAUACCACAUGUUUUAUAUAUAAAUAAUUACUGUUUAUGAUAUAGAGAUUGAUAUUGACUAUUUAGAGAACCAUUGUUAAUUUUAAAACUAGCAAUCUAUAAAGUGCAUCAGGUCAACUUGAAUAAAAACACUAUGACAGCCAGGUUUGCCAGUUUGCAGAAACUAUCUAACUCUCUCUGUCACAUCAACAUUUGUAAAAUUGAUGUGUUAUAGUGGAAAAUAACAUACAGAUUAAACAAGAAAAUUUUUAUCUUUUUUCAAGAAUAUAGCUGGCUAUCUUUAAGAAAGAUGAUAUAUCCUAAAUAGUUUUGCAAGUAAUUUUCUUUUUUCUUUCUAGCAUUUGAUGUCUAAAUAAUUUUGGACAUCUUUUUAUUAGACUGUGUUUCUGUCUUACUCUUAAACCUGGUAACACUUGAUUUGCCUUCUAUAACCUAUUUAUUUCAAGUGUUCAUAUUUGAAUUUCUUUGGGAAGAAAGUAAAUCUGAUGGCUCACUGAUUUUUGAAAAGCCUGAAUAAAAUUGGAAAGGCCGGAAAGUUAGGAGAACUGACUAGCCAAACUGCUACAGUAUGCAAUUUCUAUUACAAUUGGUAUUACGGGGGGAAAGUAAAAUUAUACUUUACCUGAAAGUGACUUCUUACAGCUAGUGCACUGUGCUCUUUCCACGUUCAGCAGCAGUUCUGUCAGUAGUGCCAUUGAACCUCGGUAUAUUUAUGAUUUCUUUCAAUGUUAAAAAUAGACAUAGUGUUGCCCUUUUUCUUAAAGCCUCAAUGAAAUUAUGGAAAAUUGCUUAAAACAUGAAUACAUCAUCACAGUAGAAUGUAUUAUGAGAGCAUGUAGUAUGUAUCUAUAGCCCUAACACACGGGAUGAACGUUUUACUGCUACCCCCAGAUUUGUGUUGAACGAAAACAUUGUGGAUUGGAAAGGAGAAUUCAGCAAUUAACAGUUGAAGUUGUGAGAUUAAUGUUUUAAAAGCUUUACACCUGUUUACAAUUUGGAGACAAAAAGGCAGGCUUCAUUUUUCAUAUGUUUGAUGAAAACUGGCUUAAGAUAUUUGUAAAUAGAAUCAAGAGCAAAACUGCACAAACUUGCACAUUGGAAAGUGCAACAACUUCCCAUGAUUGCAGUAAAAAUACUUACUAUUCUAAAAAAAUGAGAAUUGAAGACUUAGCCAGGCAGAUAAGUUUUUUCAUGAACCCGUUGUGGAAAUUAUUGGAAUUAACUGAGCCAAAGUGAUUACGCAUUCUUCAUCUAUUUUAGUUAGCACUUUGUACCGUUAUAUACAGUUUACAAUACAUGCAUAACUUGUAGCUAUAAACAUUUUGUGCCAUUAAAGCUCUCACAAAACUUU